GAGGAUUUAUGAUAAAUAAUUGUGCUUUUUUUAAGAUAAAAUAUGAUCUGUAUUUUUUUUUAUUAAUUUUAAAUGAAAAAAUAUUUAUUCCUGUUAUUUAAAUUGCGUACCUCCCAACCCGUUUUAUAUUGAAGGCUAUAUUGGGCUAAUUUUAGAAGUUCUAGAAGUGCACUAUCUAACUUCUUCAGGAGUUUCAGGACACCUGGUGCUGAUGGGAGGAGGAAAAAGAGAGGGCAGGUCGGAGAGAGAGAGAGAGAGAGAGAGAGAGAGAGAGAGAGAGAGAGAGAGAGCGAUAACUAACGUAGACGUAUAGGUUAAUUGUCAUACUGAGCUUUUGCUUUUACAAAUAUUUGGAUCUAUCAAAGGUUACACUGGCAAUACGGAUAACUUCCCUUCUGUGACAUGUGGAGUGUUGUGUGUAAAGGCUGUAAUGAGCUCAUUCAGGACAGGUACAUGCUCCGCGUGCAGGAUGGACUGUGGCACGAGCGCUGUCUGCAUUGCGCGUCAUGCCGCGAGCCGCUGACAAACACCUGCUUCGUCCGCAAUAAGAGCCUGUACUGCAAGAGAGACUACCAGAAGCUGUUUUUGGUAAGGUGCAAAGGUUGUGCAGAGGUCAUCUCUCCAGACGCGCUGGUGAUGCGCGCAGGCACCGCAGUCUUCCACCUGCAGUGUUUCUGCUGCUGUCUGUGUGCCUGCAGGCUGCAGAAGGGAGACCGCUGUGUGUUCACAGGGGACAGACUGCUCUGUGCCAGAGACUAUCACAACACGCUGGCUAGCCCGACUACCUCUGACUCAGGUAAAAGUGAAGACGAAGAGGAGGAAGAUGACGAAGGCAACAUUAGUACUACAGGGCAUAGCAACACAUCAGCAGACGUGGAGCACAAGAGACCUAAAAGACCUCGUACCAUCCUCACAACGCAGCAGAGACGAGCAUUCAAAGCUUCUUUUGAAGUCUCGUCCAAGCCAUGUCGAAAGGUAAGAGAGACGCUGGCAGCAGAGACAGGACUGAGCGUACGAGUUGUUCAGGUCUGGUUCCAGAACCAAAGAGCCAAGAUGAAAAAACUGGCAAAAAGACAACAACAGCAAAAGCAAAACGUGUCCCCUCAAGAGAAAAGAGACGGACAUGCACAACUCACUGCGCCCUCUUAUGGAGACUUGCCCACUGAACUGGAGUGUACAGGAUCAUAUGUGUCACUGGCCCAGCAGAAUAUCACUUUAGAGUCACACAGUUUUAAACUGGACCCCUUCAGACAGGGUCUCACCCCUCCUCAGAUGCCUGGAGACUACAUGCAUCCCUACGGUUGCGACACUCUGUAUGACAGUACAGACAGUGAUCCUCUGUGUCACUUUAGUGACUGUCUGUCCAGCUGCGAUGCCUCCUUGUUAACACCCAUUGACCGACUGUAUUCAAUGCAAGAUUCUUACUUUACAUCUUGAGCAUUAUUUAAAGGGAGUGUGUGCGUAUGAAUGUGUGGUGUGUGUGUUAUGCUUUUGCAUGCAUUAGGGUAGAAAUGCUAACAAUGGUAAUGUACUGUGAUGCAUUUUUUCCUGUGUUGUAUAUUGUAUUUAUUAUGGUUUGUGUUUUUCUGGACUGAAUUGCAAUUAAAU